GUGUUCGGGGUGAACUCCUUUUGGUCACCCAAAUUUCAAGUCUAGACGAGGUACACAGACAAGAGAUUGGGCAGUCAUGACGAAUCACAAAACGGCCCCCCUCCCAAAGCUUCAUCUAGUCGCUUGAUGGCCGGCGGGGCGCCUGGUCAAAGGGGAAAGAGGGGUCCAUUGGGGGUUUACGGUUCCAUGCUUUCGUGUCGUCUUGCUUGGAGUACGUACAUGCGCUUUCCAGCGUGUGGUUUUGGUGUAUUCCAUUUGACCGGGGGCCAUUAAUGACACAAGUGCCUUCCACUAAAUUGUCUUUUCUUGCAUUGUCCAUCCUUGUCAAGGAAACAUCUUGUUGUACAUACAACUUUUAAACACAUAACUUGCGUUACUUGUUGUUACCAGUACCUAUCUCUACACAUACUGAUCCCCGAGUCUAGUAGCACUAGAUUAGACGCCUUGUCAUCAACAUAACGAUUCUUCCGCGUCCUUAGCUCCCAACUCUCCCUUCCCCCUUUUACUACCCGCUUACCUACCAACUACCUACCCCACCCCCGCCCGUAUCUACCGAGUACUCGCGUCGCGUGCUACUCGACCAAAUCCACCAGCAACCGCAAACAUGUCUGGAAGACCCGGAGGUAACUCGCGCGGCCGCGGCGGCAAGUUUAAGAAGUUCACACGCGGAGGCGGCAGACACUUUUCCCGAGACCUCCAGCCCAUAGACAACGAAGACUACAAGAAGGAGGAGGAGGAAGAUUCUGAAGAGAACUCGGAAGAGGAGAGCUCCGAAGAGGAACAGGAGCGCAAACCCAGACCGCCCAAGAAGAGCCGUGAGCAGCUCAAGGCAGAGAAGAAGGCCGCCAAGGCCGCUGCGGCGGCCAAGGCCAAGGCACCGCCCAAGCCCCAGCCCGGUGACAUGCCUCCGAGCGAGUCCUCGGAGGAGGAAGAUGAUGAUGAGGAAGAGGAGAGCGAGGAGGAGUCUUCGGAGGAUGAGGCCAAGGCAAAGCAGGCUGCUGCCGCAGCCGCGGCUAAAAAGGCUGCACCUGUCAAGAAGUAGAUGUCCUUGGGCUACCUUGGCCGAGGGGCGGAUUCUAUCGUUCGUGGAUACUGUCUGGGAUUGUAAGACCUGGUGAGAACAGUCGCCCACAGAACGUUGGACGUUGUGUCACGACGCAGGGUCUGUUGUUGAAGAGUGGCCUCUGGAUAACUAUGCCCGAACCACCCGAUGUAGACAUGGCUUGAAUACCAAUUGCUCUAUCCGCCCAUCUCGGUCCCAUUAAAGAUUACGGUUUUGAUGUGAUGUGCGGCGGCAAAUGCUGCUAAUAUGGGUUGUUGUACAUGAUCAGGAAUGGAAAAAAGCACUGGGAAGUCAUCUUCCUUCAUAUCCCUGCCAGGCUAUCGCUUCCCACCGAUUCUUUCCACAGUCCAUCAAAGUCAAUUCCUUCCUCUUGGAAGAGAUCUCGGAUCUUCUGGGCAACAGCAACCUGUUUCUCCUCAGUCAUGCCACCGGGCUGUGUCGCCUCGAACUGGACAGUCUCGAUCCAGCGGAAGAAGAGAUCCUCCUUACCAAGACGAACCAGCGCUUCGCGAAAGGCAAAUACCUGCCGCCUCCGCUCAUCCUCCUUGGUGCCUCCGGCGACACCAUUGCCCGUGUCCAGAACCAACCAGCCGUGCUCCUUGUGGUGCAGCAACACAACGAGACUAAACGCGUUCAGCGCCAGCGCCUUGGCGUCCACGAGUUUGUGCGCAUACACCAUGGCGGCCCAGUCGAGGUCCCAGUCGCCGUUCAUGGUGAGGUAGCCCGUCUUGUCGUUGAGCAGUACGGGCGACGUGGCGUUGCGAACAUAGGUGGCGAGCUGGGUGCGAGACCCCUGGUCCGUUAGCACGUCCUUGCCGGCCAGUUGGCGGUCCCACUCGCGACUGCGGCGGACGUAGAUUUCCUUGUCCCGGAAGCCGAUCUGCCAGCGCCAGAGGCAGGGGUUGCCGUGGGUGCGGCCCAGGCAGAACUCGACGGGCCAGGGCCAGACGAAGAUGAGCAGGAUUAGGUCCAGGAAGAGGGUGAAGCCGCGGCCGAAUACGACCCAGGCCAGCGCGGACCACGACAUGGCGGCCGUGUCGAGCGAGAUGCCCGUCACGUGGUUGCCGGUGGCGGCGAUGGCUAGCUGCUUGUAGUAGGGGGCGAUGUAGCGCAGGCGCAGGACAAACAAGGCAAAAACGGCCAAGUUCAGGGCCACGGGCACCAAGAAGAUCUUGCGCUUGAAUGCAGGCGGCUUGGAGUCCACGUGGGCCACGUAGACAUGCUCCGGGUCGAGUAUGUCGACAAAGGAAGAAAAACUGUCUGGGAUCUUGCGGUAGGGUUUAGGGAUGGAUCCUGCGGCGGUUGCCUUUUUGGAUCCAGAGCUUUUGCCCUUGGAUGUGCGAGAUGAGGGUGCCAUUGUUGGACCUCGUGUCGGGUUGAAGUCGGGCGGUUGUUGUCUCGAUCGAUCUCUGGGAAUCGUUUCGAGGGUUGGCAGGGAAUGCACCUGCUGCUUGGCCAUUUUUUUGAGCUUUUUGUUCCAAGUCAUGGAUGGGUUUUGUCACACAGUAUUACAGUUGUUGAGGUUGGGACAGCCAUCAAUGCCCUUUCGAC